AUGUCCCAGAGCACAGGCCAAGUGGCCAAGUCCCUGUACCCUCAUGUCCCAGAGCACAGGCCAGCUGGCCAAGUCCCUGUACCCUCAUGUCCCAGAGUACAGGGCAAAUGGCCAAGUCCCUGUACCCUCAUGUCCCAGAGCACAGGACAAGUGGCCAAGUCCCUGUACCCUCAUGUCCCAGAGUACAGGGCAAGUGGCCAAGUCCCUGUACCCUCAUGUCCCAGAGUACAGGGCAAGUGGCCAAGUCCCUGUACCCUCAUGUCCCAGAGCACAGGCCAAGUGGCCAAGUCCCUGUACCCUCAUGUCCCAGAGCACAGGCCAAGUGGCCAAGUCCCUGUACCCUCAUGUCCCAGAGCACAGGCCGAGUGGCCAAGUCCCUGUACCCUCAUGUCCCAGAGCACAGGCCAGCUGGCCAAGUACCUCUACCCUCAUGUCCCAGAGCACAGGCCAGCUGGCCAAGUACCUCUACCCUCCUGUCCCAGAGUACAGGCCAAGUGGCCAAGUCCCUGUACCCUCAUGUCCCAGAGCACAGGCCAAGUGGCCAAGUCCCUGUACCCUCAUGUCCCAGAGCACAGGCCAGCUGGCCAAGUACCUCUACCCUCAUGUCCCAGAGUACAGGCCAAGUGGCCAAGUCCCUGUACCCUCAUGUCCCAGAGCACAGGCCAAGUGGCCAAGUGCCUCUACCCUCAUGUCCCAGAGCACAGGCCAAGUGGCCAAGUCCCUCUACCCUCAUGUCCCAGAGCACAGGCCAGCUGGCCAAGUCCCUGUACCCUCAUGUCCCAGAGCACAGGUCAGCUGGCUAAGUCCCUGUACCCUCAUGUCCCAGAGUACAGGCCAAGUGGCCAAGUGCCUCUACCCUCAUGUCCCAGAGCACAGGCCAGCUGGCCAAGUCCCUCUACCCUCAUGUCCCAGAGCACAGGCCAAGUGGCCAAGUCCCUGUACCCUCAUGUCCCAGAGUACAGGCCAAGUGGCCAAGUGCCUCUACCCUCAUGUCCCAGAGUACAGGCCAAGUGGCCAAGUGCCUCUACCCUCAUGUCCCAGAGCACAGGCCAAGUGGCCAAGUCCCUCUACCCUCAUGUCCCAGAGUACAGGCCAAGUGGCCAAGUCCCUGUACCCUCAUGUCCCAGAGCACAGGCCAAGUGGCCAAGUGCCUCUACCCUCAUGUCCCAGAGCACAGGCCAAGUGGCCAAGUCCCUCUACCCUCAUGUCCCAGAGCACAGGCCAGCUGGCCAAGUCCCUGUACCCUCAUGUCCCAGAGCACAGGUCAGCUGGCUAAGUCCCUGUACCCUCAUGUCCCAGAGCACAGGCCAAGUGGCCAAGUGCCUCUACCCUCAUGUCCCAGAGCACAGGCCAGCUGGCCAAGUCCCUGUACCCUCAUGUCCCAGAGCACAGGCCAAGUGGCCAAGUCCCUGUACCUUCAUGUCCCAGACCACAGGCCAAGUGGCCAAGUCCCUGUACCCUCAUGUCCCAGACCACAGGCCAAGUGGCCAAGUCCCUGUACCCUCAUGUCCCAGAGCACAGGCCAAGUGGCCAAGUCCCUGUACCCUCAUGUCCCAGAGCACAGGCCAGCUGGCCAAGUCCCUGUACCCUCAUGUCCCAGAGCACAGGCCAAGUGGCCAAGUCCCUGUACCCUCAUGUCCCAGAGCACAGGCCAGCUGGCCAAGUCCCUGUACCCUCAUGUCCCAGAGCACAGGCCAAGUGGCCAAGCAUGUGCUUUAG